CCUAUUACACCAGAAUAAUUAGGAAAGUAGCGCCGAAUACUCGUGUAUCGGUACCAAACAACGGAACUCUCGAUAUUGGGCUCCCCCAAGCCAAUAACGGCCUACUUCCUCCAUUUUCACUAACGAAACUUGUCUUCUUUGAACGUGACUUGUUCUUCAUAGCUUCACUCUGUUGCUUCACAUUGACGAGGCGAUAUCGCGUGGAAAUUUCCAUAAAUUUAGAUAAAAAAAUUGUCAGUCGUCUUCCUAACAUUUCUUUUUUAUCUAAUUAUUUGUCAUUAAUUGAAUAUAGUGUUUUGUGAUUUUUGGUCUGCAGUGUAAUCAUGGAACGUAGGGAUAUAGUCGAGUUCGUCUUGAGAUAUUUGAUCUGUUGCUAGAGAAGAUUAUGUAUAUUUUCUUUAGUUGACUGAAAAGUUUUUUUUUGAAAAGAUUUUUUGUCGGUGCAUUUUGAAACGCUAUGACUCAAGCGUUAAAUUCAAGCCAAACGGUAUUCCAUCAAAUUUACGACUACUAUCUAUGGACUUUAACUCUAUCUGAUGAAAGAACGAGAGGAUGGGCUUUAGUAGAUUCACCAAUACCAACAUUGCUUUUUACGGCCCUUUAUCUUUUUAUAGUAUGGAUUGGACCGAAGUAUAUGGAAAAAAGGGAACCAUUCAAAUUAUCGCUCCUUUUAGUUCCCUAUAAUAUGUCGAUGGCCGUUUUAAAUUUCUAUAUUGCAAUACAGCUUCUCACAGCUUCAACGAGGUUACGGUACAGUUACAUUUGCGAACCAUGCAGGCCUAAGCAUAAUCCUGAUGAAUUACAGAUUGCAAAUGCGGUUUGGUGGUAUUAUUUCUCCAAGCUUCUGGAAUUCUGCGAUACUUUCUUCUUUAUUUUAAGAAAAAAGAAAAAUCAACUUUCUUUCCUCCAUGUCUACCACCAUUCGACCAUGUUUCUCUUGUGGUGGAUUGGUAUCAAAUGGGUACCUAGUGGAUCAACCUUUUUACCUGCCAUGGUAAAUUCAUCUAUCCAUGUACUUUUAUACGCUUAUUAUGGCCUGUCAGUUUUUGGACCCUCUGUGACAAAAUACUUAUGGUGGAAGAAAUACCUCACGAUAUUACAACUGAUACAAUUUACUUGUGCCUUAGUUUUGGGAGUAAAUGGUAUUAGAACUGGCUGUGAAUUUCCGUUAUGGAUGCAUUACACUCUUAUUUUCUACAUGCUCUCAUUUAUUGCAUUGUUUGGAAACUUUUAUGUUAAAGCUUAUAUGGAUAAGGGUAAUCAGGUAUUCUUUGGCAUGGACGUUGGAUGUGGUCAAGGAAACACCUAUGAUAAUAAACUGCUACACGGCCAGGAAAAGAAAACGAAUUAAAAGAAAUUAUAUAGAGUGUAAUUACAAAUAUGUUUUAUAAACAUGUAAAUUUUUGGGUAGUUUUAUGACAAAAUGUCAUAAAACUCAGUAGAUAAAGUAUGCUUAUAAGGUAUCAAAGGAUCAGAGCAAUGAAAAAUUAUUUUAAUAUAUUAUGGGUGUAACGAUUUUGAAAAAAAAAAUGAAAGGGGUGGAUCAGGAAUUUAAAAAUCUCCAAUAUCAUUAUUAAUGUAUAUAGAUAGGUAUUCUUCUCUCUUCUUUCAUGACAUUAUUUUCAACUAUUAAUUUGUUUUCUUCAAAUUUUUGAAUUGUAAAUAUUGUUUUAUUGCUGGGAAACAUAUUUUCUUUAUUGUAUUCUAUUUCUUUAUUAUGACCAUCAAUUCAAAUUGAUAAUUUUUUCAUAUAUCUGGUAUCAAAAAAUAUUUGAAUUUUAAAUAAAUCCCUACUACAAAAGUAAGUAAUGUUCAGUAAAUGAAGAAAACCUCUUAUAUUUUCAAAGUUGGAAUCCACGUUUUUUCAAUUUUAAGUAUUAUACAUAGCAACAAAUAUUAAAAAAAUUGAUUAUUAUUUAUAAUGUCAAUUUAGUAUCUGUCUACUAGUCUGUUUUAUAUUUACAUCUAAUAAUAAUUAUUUAAAUGAGCGUACUCAGUUGUGUUAGAAUACCCAUGUUUUAAUAUUUAAUAUAAAUUUAUUUAUUUAUAAAACGUUGUUAUAAUAUUAUUAGGGUAAAUUUUGAUAAAUUUAUAGUUUGUAAACGAGUGUUCUGGCUAGUUAAAAUUUGAAACUUAUUAUUGUUCUUAAAUUAUUUUUAUUUAUAUUCAUUUUUGUUAAAUUUUUAUAUUUUAACAUAAUUUUUAUAAGUAUAAUUUUUAUGUAAAUAACUAACAAUAAAAUUAUAUAUGUUUUACAUAUGGAGUACGCCAAGAACCAUAAUUAAAGUAAU